UCUAGCCGCCCGGUCCCGUCCCGUCUAGUCCAGUCUAGUCUAGUCCAGUCUAGCCGCCUGGUCCGGUCCUGUCCGGGUUUGUCCUGUCCUGUCCUGUCUAGUCUAGCCGCCCCGGUCCGGGUCCUGUCUAGCCGCCCCUGUCUGUCUGUCUGUCUGUCUGUCCCGGCGGGAUGGCGGAGUCUCGGGCCCAGCCUGUCUAGCCGCCCCGGGUCCUGUCUAGCCGCCCUGUCUGUCUGUCCCGGCGGGAUGGCGGAGCCGCGGGCCCCUCGCUUCAGUGACGCUGCGUUGCGGGUGUUGGUGGAGCAGGUGCGGGCCCACAAGGAGCUGCUGUUCCCCGCAGACGGCAGGAAGAUGCCGCGACAGACGCUGCGCCAGGCGUGGAGGGAGGUGGCGAUCGGCGUCAACUUACAGAGCGGAACCCCACGAUCAUGGCUUCAGUGCCGCAAGAAGUUCAACGACCUGACCCGCACGGCCAGGGACAAGUUGGCACACAAAGCAAGGAAUCUGACUUGUACUGGGGAACGGCCACCCUCCAUUCAAGCCACCACACAGAUGGAGCAGGAAGCUCUGGACAUCGUUGAGAUAUACAGCAGCAGAAGCAUUGAGAAUGGCGAGGCUGGAGGCCAAGGACCACAGGAUGUAUCCCAUUAUUUGGGCCUUUCUGGGCAGGAGAUGGUGGUGGAUCACUUGACUGAAGAUACAUUGUCAGUGGCUGCAUCCUUCCAAUACACCACUGAACUCAAUGUUUCCAGUGGGAGAGAUGGGACAGAUGGAUCAGUUCGGGGCGAAUUAUUUGGUAAUAGUGAGCAAGACCUGACCAUAAUGGAAAGGACAGUGCAGGAGACAGAUGGCCGAAGGGCAAGCUCUGAAUCGAGCUACUCGGAGGAACACAGAGAUCUGAAUUUGAGUGGUCCAGCAUUUAAAAGAAAAAUAUUCCAUGUUCAUCAUCAGUUACUCGAAGCUUUGGACAGUCUGUCCAGGAGCUGUCUGACCCUGUCAGAGAGUGUAGAGGAGUCUGCUUCUAUACUGUGUGGUGUUCUGCCACAAGGCUUUGCUACUCUGCAAGCUACCAUGGACAAUGUGGCCAACACAUUAGAUGCUGCAGUGAAGCCUCAUGUUCAAGAGUCUGUGGGCCCUGCAAUAACAACAUUGAUUGAGGCUCAGACUGAUGCCAUUCAGGCUUUGGCUUGCACUAUUUCCUCUGGCUUAGAGAGGUUGGGGGGAUGUAUUGAUAGAGGUUUUAAUCAUGUAACAGUACUCCUACAGUCUGCCUUCCCACAUGUGAGUGGGAAUGUUGACUCCCAGACCUGUGGUUCUGCUGCAUUGGGAGAGACAUAUGCUGCUGCUUCUCGUAACAACAGAAUAGCUGGCUCUUUGCCAUGCCCUGACUUCCAGGCCCGACAGACCGCACAAUUACUACAGUCUGCAGUUAGGCCCCCUCAUGCUCCAACCCUUCGAGAUCGGCGAUCAUGAGCAUGGCCCAGUCUGCUGCACAAGCUGCAACCACUGGGGAAUCCGUGUGAAGGUGUAGCAAGGAAAGCACUUCAAAAAACCUGUAGGAAGGCAACUGAGUGCUAAUGUGGGUUCCAUGAUAUCAAUAAAGUGUAAAACGGGGGGGACUUAUGUUUGGCUCGGGGAGGGAACAGUGGCGUGGUCUGCUCUGAUAAAAAAAAUGCCAUAAAGGAUGAUUCUGGUCACCUUUUUGGUGAGAACCGCAACCUCAGACCGUGUCGGGAAUGGUGCCAGGUGAUCUUGAAAGAGAUAUCCUGCGGCGUGCUGUGAUGAGUUUGCCAGUGCGUACAGGUUUAUGUUAGUGUAUGUAGAAACACCCUGGGGCGUGCUCUGCUGUGUACUUGGAGUUUGUGAGUUGUUUGGGGAUAUUCGGCGAUACAUGAGUGUAUGUGUCUUAUAAAUUACUGAGGGAAUCAUUGUUAUCUGAAUCCAGUGAUUUAUCAAACACAACACUCCCCCCUCUUCCUUCCCACUCCCCCCUCCCCUCACCACCCCCUCCCCACCUCCCUCACAC